GGAAAGAUCUACCAAAGCGAGUUUUCGUUUGUUCAUGCCAUUUUGAAGAUGGACUCCCAACACCGAAAAAUCCGGUUCCUAGUAUCGCUAUGGGCUAUGAAACACCUGCUAACAGAAGCAGAAGAAUCCUGAAAAGAAUAAGGAAAGACCCUCUGAUGACGAAAAAGACUGAUGACAGGAUGGAAUUUAAUGACAACCUUUUACUUACCAGUGAUGAUGAGCCACUUUUGACUGGUUGUGAAGAACAAGCUAAAGAUAUGGGUGUCCAAACAUAUUUUGAGACUGUCUCCUCAUCUACUCAGUGGUCUGAUGAAAGCCUGCAGGAUCAUAUAUACGUCCAAGUGUCAGCCAAUUCCAAUAGCAAUUCUGAUGCCAGUACACAGACCCAAUCAACAUCACAUGUAUCCAAAGGUGUAAAUUGUUCAACGACUCAUAUUAACAUGUCUUGUGAAAAGUUGAACUCAGAUUCUUUAUCUCACCUGUAUACUGGCCUGUGUUUACAAGCAUUUAUCACCUUGUUGAAUAUUUUUCAGAACCUGGAACUACCAUUUAAGUUCACAAUGAAUGUAGGAGACCAGUUACUCCUGUUUUUGAUGAGACUGAGACUUAAUCUUCUUUUUGCAGAUUUAGGUCAUUGGUUUGGUAUUAGUGAGAGUCAAGCUUCCAAAAUUUUCAAUUGUUGAUUGCCAGUUGUAAGUGCUACGCUUCGCCAGUUGAUUGUGUGGUUACCUAGGGAAACUAUACGUGCAACUAUGCCAGCAGCUUUCAAGGAGAAGUAUCCUAAAACGACUGUUAUCAUCGACUGUGCUGAAACAUUCAUGCAAAGGCCAAAAAAUUUGAAAACAAGAGGUGAAACUUACAGCCACUAUAAAUCACAUAAUACAGUGAAGUACUUGAUAGGUAUUGCACCUUUUGGACAAAUUAUGUUUAUUUCAAAAGGUUUUGGGGGAAGAGCUAGUGACAAAUUUAUAGUGGAGAAGUCUGGUUUUCUUGAGUACCUAUUACCUGGAGAUGAAGUCAUGGCAGACAGAGGUUUUACAAUUAAUGACUUACUAUUUCCACGCAAAGUUAAGCUUAAUAUGCCAGCAUUUACAAAAGGAAAACCACAACUGACAGAAGAAGAAGUUACAGAAACUAGACGUAUUGCCCAUGUAAGAAUUCAUGUGGAAUGGGCUAUAAGGAGGCUGAAAGUCUUUAAAAUACUGAGCAAUAUUGUGCCGGUUACCUCUGUUAAAAAACUUGAUGACAUUUUAAUUGUUUGCUCAGCACUUGCAAAUCUAGGGACUGAAUUAAUAAGAGGUGAGGAAAAAGAUGACAGUUUUGAUGAGUAUAUAGGAAAUAACAUUAUCUGUCUUGGAUAUAUCAAGAGAGUACACAUGUAAUACAGUAUUUAUCUAGCAAUAAGCCCAUGCCUUGUAAUAAGCCCACCCAUGUUUUUCAUAGAAUUCAAAUUCAUUGUCCUAUAUAAACUGUAUCCCUCCAAUAAGCCCACCCAAACUAUUGAUCCAAUAUUUAACACUGGCCCCAUGGGUUUAUUGCAGGGUAAAUGCAGUAUAUGUACAUGUACCUGGUAUGUACUGUACAAUAAAUGUCUAAUCGGCAAACAUA